AUGUCUGCGACCUCUGGAUCGUUGCUCAUCGAAGUUUGCGUAGACUCCGUCCAAUCUGCCAUAAAUGCUGUUGAAGCUGGAGCAGACAGGCUCGAAGUCUGUGGAAACUUGGGCAUCGGGGGAGGCACCACUCCUAGUCUUGGUCUUGUGAAAUCCAUUCAGAGAGCUGUCGACGUUCCGCUCAUGGUGAUGGUGCGUCCUCGCAUCGGUGAUUUUCUUUAUUCGGAAGAGGAAGUGGACGUCAUGCUAGAAGAUAUCCGAAUAUUCAAACAACGUAAUGUACGAGGGUUCGUAGUUGGUGCUUUGUCAAAGGAUGGUCGGGUGAACGCUGAGGUGAUGAAAAGACUUGUCGACGAAAUCUUACCUUUCGAAGGUACGGCCCAUACAUCGCCAGAGAAGCUACAUAUCGACCAAUUCGACAGUGGACAAGGCAAGGCGGCGCAUUUGGCACUUCCCAUGCUGGAAGAGUUAUUCGAAGAGGCGAAGAGCCUUGUUGAAGACGAAGUGUGGGGAUUGACGCUUAUGCCUGGUUCUGGAAUCAACACGAAAAGUGUUGCAACUGUUCUAGAAAGCUUAUUGCCGCGAGGACUUUGUGAAAUCCAUUUGAGCGGUGGGAAAUGGGUAGAAGGCGAAAUGGAAUUUAAACGAGCUGGUAUGGGGAUGGGAAGUGGUGGCGAGGGAAAUUGGGGGAUAUGGGUGACGCAGGAAGAUGAGAUACGAGGAGUGAGGGAAGUCGUGGAUGAAGCGCGCUAA